ACAAUUUAUAAUUAUUAUCUGUUGACAAAAGUUCGGUGUUAGUCGUGAAUACGGUGCCAAAUACUAAACCAGGAAUAUAACUAAUUUAUUAUUAGUCACAAAAGAUAAAUACAUAGAAGAUAAAGAUACAAAGUGGAGAUAUUCGAUCAGUGUGUUUUACGUUAUAAGAUAGUGCCGAUGGCUAUGAAUAGUGAACAUUUAUAACAAAGAAUUGACGAUGAAGCCGAUAUACAGACAGUGCUUCGUGACGGCGACCGCAUGCUUCAACGUGAUUGGCUUAGGAUGUGUCGUGGGUUUCCCAGCCAUACUUCUGCCACAGCUCAGAGAAGGAAAUGCACUAUUUCACAUCAGCAGGGAUACCGAAUCAUGGAUAGCGGCCACUUUUCCAUUAGCUUCACUGCUUGGGAACUUACUGACCCCAUUGGUGAUGGAGAGAUUCGGACGCAAGCCGGCGAGCUUGACCAUGGCGCUGUUGAUGACGAUUGGGUGGUUCCUCAUCAUGCUCGCUCCGAAUGUCGAGGUACUUCUACUUGGAAGAGUAUUUCACGGAGUAUCCUGUGGUUUCCUUAACCUCCUUCGGUCAAUCCUUGUCGGCGAGUACACGAGUCCAGAAAAUAGAGGUGCCUUCCUCAUGGUGGUGUCGCUUUGCCAAUCAUUCGGAGUAUUUAUCGUGCACCUCAUAGGAUCCUUGUUCAGCUGGCAGAGAACAGCUCUCGUUUCGGUCUUCUUCGCUUUCGCUAGUUUCGUCCUGGCAAUUUACAUGCCGGAGUCGCCCAGCUGGCUGCUAGCUAAAGGUAGACUCGAAGAAUUCAGAAGAGUAUUCCUCUGGUUGAGAGGUCCAAAAGGAAACGACGAGUUGGAGAGCAUGAUUAAGGCGAAACUGGCCUUGGAAGCGGCAGAAAUGCAGGACAACCACGGCAAGGGACUCAAGAAGGCGCUGUGGAUAGUGCGUCAAACGGAAUUCUACAAGCCCAUUCUCAUCGUCAUCAGUUUCAACGUGAUGAUGCACAUGGCUGGAGGGACCACCAUGGCGAAUUACUCCAUGUCAGUUCUGACGGGUCUCAUGGGUGCGGGCGCGAACGCUUACUUCUGGAUGGUCUUUUUGGACUCCCAGAGGAUAGUCUCGAAUGCGAUCGCAGUGUACAUCAUAAAACGCGUGAAAAGAAGAGUCAUGGUAUUCGGUACAACUUUGCUGUGUAUAGUCAGUCAAGCUGCCAUUGCUAUUUACUCGUUUUGGAUAAGCAGCACCGGUGUUUACUCCAAUAUAUGGAUUCCGGUGGUGCUAGUCAAUCUGCAGAUGUUGUCUGUCGCGAUGGGGAUGGUUCCGAUGCCGAGUGUGAUUACGGGGGAAGUAUUUCCCCUAGCGUACAGGGGCAUAGCAGGGAUGAUCAGUGUUCAAUCCGGGAGUCUCUUUAUGUUCGCCAUUCUGAAGACCUUCCCUCUGCUACUGGACACAAUAGGCAUACACGGGACUUACGGGCUGUAUUCCUUGUUGUUAUCAGCUAAUAUGUUAUACCUAUGGUUCGCGCUGCCAGAGACCAAGGGUAAAACACUGCAAGAAAUAGAAGACGAGUUCAGAGGGAACAAAUCCAAUAGUGAGGAAGUGGAAGCGAGUAAAUACAUUCAAGCAGAGAACAAGGACAACCAGAAUACAAAACAGACGAUUCAGAAAUCGAAUGAGACUAAUCAGAAUUCAAAUGACAAAAUUCAGAACUUAAAUAAUACAAAUCAGAAUGCAAAUAAGAAAAUUCAGGAUUCAAAUGAAAUAAUUCAGGAUAACAAUCAGACUUAGGACAUUUUUAUUACUAGGCCUAGGUUUCAACAGGCACUUAAUUUCUCGAGUACCUAAAGACGCUGUCCCUGUGCAGAACAAUGUUUUACAAUCUCAAUGAAAAGAUAAGAUAGUAGUGAC